AUGAAUUCGUACUUUGAGCAAACCGGGUUCUACGGACAUCCGCACCAGGCGGCUGCCGGGAUGAUGACGGCCACCGGUACGCACCAUGAUCAGACGACAGCCGCGGCCGCAGCGGCGUACAGAGGAUUCCCGCUGUCGCUCGGUAUGUCACCUUACACCAACCAUCACCUGCAUCAGACACGCACGGCUCAGGAGUCGCCCUAUGACGCUAGCAUACAGGCCGCUUGCAAACAAAUCUAUGAGGGCUCCUACAGCACGAAGGACUGCGGCACGAAGGGAGCCACUGGCAACAGUGGUGCGGACGCCACCAACGGAUACAAGGACGUGUGGAACGCGAACAGUGGUGCAAACAACGGAACGGCUACCGCGGCCGGCGCUGCCGGUGGCAAUGUACCUGCCCAGCAAAACAGCUCGGUUCCCGUGCGGCCCUCAGCUUGCACGCCCGAUUCCCGCGUCGGAGGCUACAUCGAUGCCUCCGGUGGUAGUCCGGUCAGCCGGACUGGAUCGGCCGCGGCCGCUGGAGUGACCGGAUCGUGGAACUCCAACCAAUGUUCACUAACCGGUUCCACCGGAGGCCAACCUGCUCCCACCACCGGACUGCACCAGUCCAACCACACCUUUUACCCCUGGAUGGCUAUUGCAGGUAAGAGAUACUCAGAAUCUCUUGCGGGCACACUUCUACCAGACUGGAUAGGAGCCAAUGGACUACGACGAAGAGGCCGACAAACGUAUACGCGAUACCAAACGCUGGAACUGGAAAAAGAGUUCCAUACCAACCACUACCUAACACGUCGACGUCGUAUCGAGAUGGCGCAUGCCCUAUGUCUAACGGAACGGCAGAUCAAAAUUUGGUUUCAGAACCGCCGGAUGAAACUAAAGAAGGAAAUCCAAGCCAUUAAAGAGCUAAAUGAACAGGAAAAACAAGCGCAGGCUCAAAAGGCAGCCGCAGCGGCCGCGGCGGCGGCAGCGUUGCAUGAGCAGAACUAGGGGUUACACCAACACACCAAUCACAGUAGUGCUAGUAAUUAUUUAUACUAAAUCACGCAAAUGCCCGCAGGAACAAACGGGCAGCAACCAUAUUUAUACUUGCCAGAAAGGUGGCGGAGGAUCAUUCGUGAUCGUAAGCAAGUGCUACCGUUUUGGGGCGAAAAAAUACGAAUACAGACGGUAUUUAUGUUCUUCUGUGUUUGCUUUAUGCUGCACAAACCCGCAACAUUGGGCGUGCUCCACACAACUUAUUUCUGAUUCUAUCCAAAACGAUUGAAUUUUCGGUUAAAUUUGGUUGCAUUUGCAGAGAGUGGCUGCGGGCAAUUGGAUAUUAGCAAAAUGAUUAUUUGCGCGUGAACAAUAUCGCACCAUUUUUGAAAAAUGCGGUUCUAUUGUUUCAGUUUCAAACGGCCAUUUCGUUUAAUGCAUUUGCAGUGAAUGGUGAUGCUGGUGAAUUGUAAACCGAAUUAUAAACAAAAUCAACGUCCCCAACAGGAAACCACACAAGUUCGGCGAUUGUAAAUCUAUCUCCAAACGAAACCUGUGUCGCAAACGAACGAAACAUUGAAAACAGCUUCGAAACCACUUUCAAGUUCGCAGCAAAUCAAAGAGAAGAUCAAAUGCAAAGAACGAACAGUCC